CAGCACUCCAAGUCGCAUCUCCUCAUUUCCACCUCGCAUCUCCACAACCUCGCUCACUCACAUCAGCCCACCAUUCAAGCAGUUCGCGGCACAAUCUUUGCAGAAAUCAUUCAGCAGUCUUCCACAAGCAAGACAAAACGCAGACCAACCACCAAUCCAACAGCCAUGUCCUCACCAUCUGCGCCCCCACACAUGCCUUUGGAUGGCGUGUCUGUGGCUGGGGUGAAGCGGUUCAUGGCCGAGAUCAAGGACGCGUUCCCAGACACGGCCCAUGACGUGACGACGCGACAAGUGUGCGAGACGCUCGUGGUGCCACGCACAGCGGAGUGCAAGUGCGCAUACAUCGACGUCCUGCGGCAACGAUCGGCAGAGGAGGCUGAAGACGUGCAGCGGGCCACCGUGUUUGUGUCGCACGCAUGGGGCGCAAAAGCCAUGGAUGUCCUGCAACUACUGGUUUAUUAUGCAGACAAUCAAGCCGACAGGCUGGAAGACCCACCCAUCUUCUUCUGGCUCGACAUCUUCAGCCACAGCCAACACGAGGACAUGGCCAACGACCUCACCACAGACUGGUGGAUGCAAACGGUGCUGAACACGGUGGGCGGUAUUGGCAAGAUGCUGCUUGUGCUGACCCCGGCUGCAGCCGCCAGCACCAACGCACCGCUGCCGCUCCCGCAGCCGCUCCCACUGACGCGCGCUUGGUGCCUGUGGGAGGUGUUCUGUGGCGUGGGCUUGCCAAACGUGCAGAUCGACACCGCGGUGCACCGGCAGCUGAGCGAGACGAUGAAGGCGGCCGUGCUCAGCUCGUCUGCUGCCGAGACGUUCACAACCAUGCUGGACGCCAUCAGCGUGGACGCUGCCAAGACCACCAAGCCGCAGGACAAGCGCAUGAUCUGCGACGCAAUCACGCAGGCUGGCGCCACCGCCCAACUCGUGGACGCGCGCGUGCGCGACGCCAUACGCCAGUGGUGCCUGAGCCUGGUGGCCUCCUUCGUUCGGGAGAUGGAGCAGCCGGGCGACGAGGCCGCAACAAAGACCAAGGCCUAUGCCACCAUGUGCUGCCAGGCCGGUACGGUGAUGCAAGCGCUCGGCGCACUUGAGUACGCGACGGAGCUGUUCAACAAGGACCUGCAGGCCACCAUCAGCGUCGUGGGCCACCAGCACAAGGCGACCGGCACGGCGUACACCAACCUGGGCGUGGUGUACUACCACAGGGGCGACAUCGAGCAAGCCGUCGACUGCUACAGCAAGGCCUUGAAGAUCUCGGUCGUGGAAUACGGGGAGGACGAGAACACGGCAGAGGCGCACAACAACCUGGCCACGGCGCUGCACGCUGCAGGCCGCUGUGCGGAAGCCAUCCAACACUUCAAGAAGGCACUGGCCAUCUUCUCCGCUGCCCGCGACAAGGCCACGAAACAACAGCAGCAGCAGCAGCAGAAGCAAGGCGGCGAGGGAGACAAAGAGCAAGGCGCACGAGGUGGUGUGGACCUGCAGCAGCAGUACGACACAAAGCUGGUGUCGACGCUGAACGCGCUCGGGCUUGCGUAUGACGACGCCGGCGAGAGCGACAGGGCCAUCGAGUGCCACAAGCAGGCGCUGGACAUCCUGAAGCGCGGGCAUUGGGGCGAGAACGACCCCACCAUUGGCGGCACGUACAACCACCUCGGCCUGGCGUAUGCAAGCAAGGGCGACAUUGAGACGGCCGUGAAACUGCUGGAGAAGGCGCUGGAGGCGAAGCGCGCCGCGUUUGGCGACGUGCAUGCUACCAUCGCCAACACCUACAGCAACCUCGCCAACAUGUACAAUGCGCUGGGCGACUUUGACCGCUGCAUCGCCAGCUACGAGCACGCGCUGCGGCUGUUCCGGCAGACCCUCGGCGAGCAGGACCCGACCACCGCACGCACGCUCGAGUACACGGCGUACGCGUACGCGAAGGCGGGCCGCUUCCAGGAGGCGGUGGACGCGCUCACCACCACGGUCGCACUGUACCGGCAGCACCUGGGCCCACAACACAUGCUCACGACGACAGCAGAAGAAAACCUGGCAUCCAUUCGACGUGCGGGCGCUCAGCAGGGUGAUGCCCCUCCACCAACAGGAAGGGGUGGACAAGGGGAGGAAGGGGAGGAAGGGGAGGAAGGGGAGGAAGGGGAGGAAGAGUCAUCUGAGGAUUCCGCGGCGAGCGAAGAUGAUGGGGAGGAAGAGGAGGAGGAGGAAGGGGAGGCUGGCGUGUGGCAGCAAGGGGAUUGGGGCGCGUGGUGUUCCAUGCUGUAGUGACACGUGUGUGUGUGUGUGUGUGUGUGUGU